AUAUCUCUGGUAUACUUAUUGUGAUCAAAACUUCCAAAAUGGCUUGGUGAUGUGUUUCGCUGGCGGUGAUUGUAAACAAAUUUGGGAAGUCCUUUUGUAUAAUGCCAGAGAAUGAGAGAUAUGGAGAUUUGUUACUAAUGGUUUACGUCAGGUGAACCAAGAAAAAUGAUAAAAGAGAGCAAAGACUUGCAGCGGGAAAAUGGAAGUACACCAAUUGUGAAAACAGAAGCGGCUACUCCUACUGGUGGAGGGCCAGAGGCUGAAGCGGCAGCUGCAGCAGCUGUUGUUGCAGCAGUAUCUGCUGUAGUGAAGGAAGAGGCACAGGCGGAAGGUUGUCUCAAUGGUGUAGGAGUGGAUGAGGCUGAGCAGGUGGUAGAGAAACCUGCUGAGCCAGGACCGAGUUCCCAGCAGCCAACACCAGAAACAAACUCUGCUCCUGUCCCUGAUUCCACAACACCUGUAGUUCCUGAUUGCCCAGUGAAAGUUGAAGAAGCACCAGUUACUGAAAAACUUGUACCAUCAGUUCCAAUUAAAACUGAGCUGAAUGGCAGUGGUAGUAGUAGCAGCAGCCAUGAUUUUCCUGUGACAACAGCCCCUCCGUCAGGCGGAGGGUCCACUCCGACAUCGACAGAUCACUGUGAACCUGGACUACCCAUGAGCAUGGGUCUCACCACAACUACUGGACCACCUCCAAAUGGAGUCCAACCUCUGCCCAGUAAUGUAAUUAACAAACAGCCAGGCAGUAUGGAGGCACAGUAUAUGCAACAGCAAAGCCAAAUAUUUGUAUUUUCCACCAACUUGGCCAACAAAUCUGCUGAUGCUGUUCUGCAAGGUCAAUACCCAUCCAUCAUUGCCUUUCAUUGCGCACAGCCAGGAACCAAGAAGUACUUAGAGAAACACCCACUGAAGAUGAAUCAGUUCAGCCGCCAGAACCCUGCGCAGUGGCUCAAUAACCUGGUACAAAUGAAGCAGAAAGGAGGGCCGGGGGGCUUGAAAGGAAGCACCACUCCACUACCUGAUCCAUGGCUGCAAAGUACAUGUGCUGGCAAUACUGUGAGUAGUACUGUUGGCAACAGCAGUGUUACCAGUGGCUCUGGAAUGGGUGGUGCCAACAGUGGCAGCAGUGGCAAUAAUGGGGCCAGCAACAACAACAAUGCUAACAACAAUAAUGCCACAAGCAACAACAACAGUGUUACUCCCACUAAUAGCAGUACACCAAUUGUCAGUACGAGUGGCAUCUGCACAAGCAACAACAAUACUGCAACAAGCAGCACAAAUACAAACAUUACCAAUGCUGCCCCUAGUAGCUGUAGUACUUCUGUAGCGAGUAACAAUGGCAAUAAUGUAAUGAUCCCUCCUUGCCCCAGCAGCGGACCAGUAAAGGAUACACCGUGUCUUAUGGGAGGAUCACCAACUGCAAAUCCUAUGAUGCAUCACAGCCCAAGUGAUGUACAGCAACCGUCUCUGACAGGUGUUAAAGUUCCUGAUGAAAAUUUGACCCCACAGCAAAGGCAGCAUAGGGAGGAGCAGCUAGCUACCUUGCGUAAGAUGCACGAAAUGCUGUUCCCUGGGGAGCAUCAAUCUCUAAUGCCAGAUGGAUCCAUGUUAGGACAGCCAGCAGACAGUGUAGCAAUGCAAAACUUGGUGCUUAUGCCACAGAAGAACAUGGGUGCUACAAAUCACGUUACACCGACAUCUGCCGCUGCACAAUUGGAAUGGCAUAAAUUGCAGCAGCAGUUUUAUGAAGAGAGAAAGAAGAAGCCUGUGAUGACAGGUGUUGGCAGCCCAGGAGGUGCAGCUAGGGCAGCUUCGGGCCCUGCACUGUUGAGGUCUCAGGGGCCACCUCCACCAUAUCAUCCGACGACUAGGUCUGCAAGUGUCCCAACAGCCCUGUCUUCUCCAACCCCCGGUUCCCCAAAUAACCCUACAUCAAACUUGUCUUUGCCAUCGCCACGUGCCUCAUCAGGUAUAAACUCUCCUUCUGAUUCGAACAGUCGGCAGCAGUUCAGUACUGGAUCAGCUCGUCUUCCUGGAGCAGGACCUAGUCCAACAGGUCUUCACAACACUCCUCUUGAUUCGCCAGGUCCAAGUCGUCCACUUAAUCCGAGCAAUCCUGGGACACCACUGUCCACUCAUCUGUCACCGACAGCAGUUCGAAAAGAAGGCACUGAUUUUACAGGACAGCAGCAACCUGUUGACACUAUGUUCUGCAGAACACUUCAAACACUUGCCCAGCAGAAGCAGCAGCAAAUUCCAACUCAACCUCCUAAGGAUUCAAGCCUUAUUUCAGUGCCAUCUAAGGAGCCAAAUCUUAUGCCGGUGCCAUCUCCACAGCAGAUACAGUACCUCAAUACUUUUGAAGGGCAAGAAUUAACUAUUCAGAAGCAACCAAACACAAGCUUGAAGGAAAGCAACAUCAGUUCUCCUUCCUUACCUCCACCAAAUUUGGAUGGAAACUUACAAGGCUCGUCCUCAGAUAUGAACACUCGUAUGUCUGGGCCUGCCACUCCUCUUACACCAACGUCUGUGGAGUUAAGGUACCCAAGUGGAUCUGGUGAUACUAGAUUUCCUUUACCAAGUCCACACACGCCAGGAUCAGAUAACAAGGCUCCACGCCGAACACCAGGAAUGGAUGGACCUGUGAAAGCACCGCGCCCUGAGGAUGGAGCACAUUUCCUUAGCUCCAGUCCAUUGAAUGAUGGAAUGGGUGCGCUAAGGUUUCAGAAUCCCAAUGGACCACCAGGAAGUUCUCCAUCAAUGUGUAGCCAGGUACCAGGAUUUGUACCACAACAGGCACAGCCGGGUGUGGGUGGUGUAAAAGUGACAUCUCACUUUUUAGAUGUUUCGCCAUCUGGUGGAGGACCACCUGUUGACAUUUCACCAACAACUGGAGGCAACUUCCCAUGUCUGCGAUCAGAAAAUGUGCCUCUGAAUCCAAAUGUGAGUGGCAGUGUUUCUUGUGAUGGUAAGAUGGCUCACUUUGACCCUAUCACGUCAAUGGCGCAAAUGAGUCAGCAGUUGACGAGCAGUGUGUCAAACUCACCAAAUCCACAGAAUCCUGUAAUGGUAGGCGGACCUGGUGUGAUGGGUUUUCAGCAGUCACCGGCCCAUCCUGGAGAUGUGGGACCUUGCCAGGAUGGUGGACCUGGUGGGGGUUUUGUGAGUCUCCAAGUGCAAGGUGUGCCACCACACUCAUAUAGCCCCAGUGGUGUUUCAGGGCAAGGAGGAGCAGUUCCAUGCAGUGUGCAGCAUCCUGGAACUGUUGGUUCUCCCAAGUCUGGCAACAUGUUGGGGUUAGGUCCACCAAGGGGACCUUCUCCUUACAUGGGAAAUCCCUGCCCACAACGUGCUCCUGGAAGACCCCCAGCUCCAGGAACGUAUGGUCACACAAAUGUUCAGGUAAAAGCAAGUACCCCUAAUACGAUACAGUACUUACCAGCAAAGCCACAGACAGGAGCCCCAGGGCCGAGAGGACCACCGAGUCUUGACUUCCUGCAGCGAUUUGCCAAUCCUCUAUCCAGCUUAGAUGGCAGUGUUCCUGUCCAUAACCUGCAGUAUUUUCCUGGAACUGGUCAACCAAAUGGUAAUGGAGUGCGAAUGGGCAAUGUGCCCCAUUCUGGCCCUGGCUGUGGAAAUGUAGGUGGCCCAGUAGUCGGUCCCAGUAGUCCUGUUGUUGGUGUGAAUCUACCAAUGUCAGGUGGAAUGGUUGUGGGCCCUGGAGGGCCAGGAAUGGGAGCAGUCCCACUGCGUGGAGGCCUGCGUCCAAGUGGAAUGAUGAGGAUGAGUGGUGGAAUGCUGGGAGUUGGGCCUUGUUCCGGUGGUGAACAUCCAUUUGUGCCGGGUCCAGGCCCUGGCUCACAGGUAUUUGUUCCUGGACCAAAGUCCUCACCUAUGGGGUUAGGUGGUGCACCAGAUGCAAGUCAGCCAUUACCACCUUCAAUGGGACAAGCAAACAAUUUCAAGAAUUCUCCAUUCAUGGGUCCGACAACAGCUGACCCCAAUUAUGCCCAACAGUUCCAUAAUUUUCAGCAACAGUUGUAUGCUACCAACACUAGAAGUCAGAUGAGCAAUCAGACUCUUGGUCCAAAUCAAUCAUUUUUUGUUCCAAAAUGAGCUUUUGGAUUGUGUGAAGUAGUUCACAGUGUGUUGCCAUUUUGGAUUGUGUAUUUGAAUGGUAAAAAUACCAGCACAUCCGUUGUGAAUAUGCGUGUGUGGUGUAAGAAAGAUAAUCCCACUGUUUCAACCUGGAACAGUGAUCAACGAAAGCAAUAUGGAUCCCAUUGGUCUGUGAAAGUGAUAUUAAUAUUCUGUUUAAUUGCCAUGUUAAACAACUUAUCAUAUUAAUUUAAACAUUGUAAAAAUUAGAACCUGAUGUCUGUUCGUAAAUUUUGUCUGGUGUUUUACAGAAUAUUCGUACUGAUAUAUAGUACGUUACAGUUGUAUCUUUGUUUAUUUACAGAGGGCAAAAUCACUAACCGUGUUGAGCUUAGACAUUUGCAGUUCUCUUUGAAAAAAGAUGGUGAAAAUCUCUUUAUUUCUGUUUAAAGUUUGGGAAUGUAUUUGAAAACAACUGGUUUGUUUUACUUAGCAGUUUUGUGAAACACUAGAUACGUAUCUUGAAAACUGUCAUAUCAAUUGUAUUUCAUACAUUUAUCUUCAAACACAUGAACUUCAUGUGUAAAUUAAAUGAUUUCCGUGUUGUUCCAUAAAUCAAGAGUUAAUGUUUUUGUGUCUUGUAAAUACCAGAUUUGUAUAACAGUACAUGCAGUUUGUCAUUCAUAUUCCACCCAGUCUUUUAAUAGUGUUUUUGCACUCCACUACAUAUCUUUUUGUGUUCCUUCCUAUUUGAACUGUGGUAGCAGUUUAGUGAGUUGCACAGUGUAGUUCACUAUAGAGAUUAUUGCCACAGAGAAUGGUUGUGGUAACUAUGAAGUUUGGGGACUGAAACUUCGUGGGAAAGAAAGAGAGACACUGAAGGAAUUGCACCACUCAUUGUACUUAAAAUGGGAAAAAAAAUCAUUUGUGAUUGAGUGUCUUCCAUUUUGUUUUUAAUUUUAUGGCUCCCAUUUGCGUCCUAAGCUGUGACUGUUACAUCAAAAGUAUGAUUUAGCAGUUGUAUCUUUUUUUUUAGUAAUGAAGACUGAUGACUUUGAAUGUUUGUAAUAUGGUAACAAACCAUUUAUGACAUACUUUCAUAAGUGCAGCUGGCUUUUGAAAGGCAUUUAUCGCUUCUCACUUCUCAGGGAAUGUUAGUGGCUAUGUGACAUGGAUGAUAUGUGGUUUUUGUAUAUAUGUAUAAAUUAUGUCAUGAAGGAACCAGUUACUUGGAUGUAUAAUGUAAAAAGAUUCUUAUACUUGUGACUAUCAUUAUAGUCUAUUUGACAAUAUUACUUUAGACUUCUGUCCAUUGUAAUUUCACUUUGCCUCAUCUGAACAAAAAUGAUGAAUGUUACAAAAAGUCUCUUUUGGAUGAAAUAGUGACUUGUCAAGUGGACAUUAUUGGUGGACAGGAUGAAGAAAAUUUCAGCCUAAGUUGUACAACCUAUAGUUGAAACAUGGCAGAAUGUUUAUAGAUUUGAAUAUAGAAUUUGUAUUUGCUUUUUUUAGACAUUUUUCUCAUUUAUUUUGGUAACACUUUAAUUUCACACAUUUAUUUUGAUACUUUUAAGCUUACAUAGGCUAACAGUUUCGUUGCAGCUACUAUCUGCUCUGUUCCCAUUAAAAAAAUGGAAUUGGUAGCAAUCCUUUUCAUAUAUUGUUCAAAUUUUAAUUAUGUUAAAAUAGUUUGUUACCACGAUAUAAAUAAAAAAAUCUUUAAAUAUGGACUAUAUGAAGCCACAAAAACUGUAUGUUGAGAGUGCACAAUAUUCUCGAAGUAGACUAUAAUGGGCUACAGCACAAUUGGACGUGGUUAUUUCAGUUCAGCAGUUCCGCAUGACUAUUGUGAGGAACUAGAAUUAUGCUGAGAGAGAGAGAGAGAGAGAGAGAGAGAGAGAGAGAGAGGCCAGUAAGUAACAAAAUUGCAGAACAGACUCCAAAUAGAGAAAACUCAAAGAGUGGGUCAUUGGUGGGAGACUUUGAUAAAAUACUGGUUGUCAGGUAACAGAUAUAGUAAUAUGUGAAAAUUCAGUGGUUAGGAACUUAACUGUUCGGUCAUGGAGUACCCAUUACAAGGCAAAUUUCAUGCAAAAACUUAGGCGAUUAAUGAAAUUUGGGAAGAUGGGGAAUAGUAAAGAAAUAACACUACAGUUCCAGGUAUUGAUUAUUAUUUUAAAAAAAUGAGAAUUUGCAAAGAAAAUAAAUAGUUGAACAAAAUGUAUAAAAAAUUACAAUGAUGGACAAAAAAUGGAAAAAGUGAAUAAUGAGACAGUUAACUGCAACAAGAGUGUGACUAUACCUUCAGAAAGAAAAUGAAGAAAAGAAGGUAGAGAGAAGAAAAGGGGGGUCAAGAACUUGAUUGUGGAUGACUGGUGAUGUGGAUGCAGAUGAGCAGUUAGUAGAGAAUUAUUGGGCAAUAUUUAAAGCCUGUCCAAUAUGACAUGAGAAGGCUUCAGCACUUGCUACUUUGAGUCUUCCGAAUUGUUUCAUAUGCUGCCACCCACAGAAUAUAAACUAUUGGAAGUUGUCUUGCAGUUCUUACUUUUAUCUUAUAGGCUCCAUGACCAUAACUUUUACAUUAGUAUCAUCAGCCCCUUUCAUCAUUCAUCAUUCUUUUCAACCCUAUAGCAUUCAUAUAAUUUGUUUCAAGGUUCUUCUCCUAUCUAGCCUCUUGUCAGUCAGUUUGAUGUGAUUUAUUCUCUAUGUUCAAUUGUUCAGCCGUUUACCCAUCCACAUUCAUGCUCUCAUCUUCCUCUAGGUUUUGGUGUUGUUGUCUUCUUCACUUUUUGUCCAUUUUCCUUCCUGUCUGCCUACCUUUCUUCAUUAUAACAGUACAUGUUUUUGUGUUUCAUCCUGUCACUACCUCUUUGUUAUCUGUGAUCAGAUUUUGCCCUCUGACCUCCUUUUUGGUUGCCCAGCUGCCAUGUUAUUCCUGUUUUUUGUGAGAUUCCUUUUUAUUGUUAUUCAAGCUGGUCCUUUUUUGUGUUUAUGUAUGAUUUCAUUUUGUGUUCAUUUACUCAAAUCCUUUCCUUUUGUGUCUCUCUCCUGUGUCAUUCAUAAGUUGUGGAAAUUAUCAAGCAUUUCCUUUGAGUAUACUCUGUAAAUUUCCUCUCAUCUCUCAUGAUGCUGUUGUCACCUAUGUUAUUAUUUCCAUUACAUGUUCACAUCUUCAGCCAUUUCCAUCUUAUAAAAUUCACACAUGCACAGAAAGUGUAAUGUAUUGUUAUAGCUCUUUCUGAAUGAUAAGAAUGAGACAUUGUAUUUUGUCCAUGAGAAUACAUCGUUAGAGACUAAGGACAGAUCUAGCAGUACAUGUACCAGUUAGUCUUGAAAAAUCAACGUGUUCCAGUUUCUAAUACAAUAAACAAAGCAGUUAUAUCACCUUGUUUUUAUUCCUUGUGCACUGCUUGAAUUGUGUUUGUUGGUUCUUGCAGUUAAUCAUUAAGCACAUCUGUUUUCAGUAAUGUAGUUCCAUUUGUUGAUCUGUUAUUUGUUACAUUCAUACUGCCUCUUUAUUUCCUGUAUUUCUUUCUGCCCUAUAUUUCUUAAGUGGUUCUUCAACAGGUAGAAAUUCCUUUGUUCUUGUUCUUUCUCUUCUAACAAAAAUUUCACUAUACAUUGUCUUAUCUUCAAGGGAAUGUGAACAUGGCCACUGUUAUAACAUUUUUGCCACCACUUUAAUAUCACAUGAUCUGAGUAACAAUAUUCCAACACAGUGGCCUAUUUGAAAGUUCGUGUAAGUUUUUUUAUGAACACUGUAAGUUUGAUGUAAACUUACUUGAGAUGAUUAUUUUGGUACAGUAGAUGUUGCUCAAGUUUCUUCUACAUCUUUUUUUACUUUAAAAUCUUCUGAGGUGGCUUAUUUCCUAGCCAGCUCUUUUUGUUAAUUUCUUCAGCUGUGGUUAAGAAAAUUCUGGCAGUAAUGAUUCUCUUGUCAACACAGAAAACAUGCGACGCAGUUUCAAUGCGGAAUAUCAGUAUUUUAUAACAAAGACAGCUGCUGCAGUAACUACCAGUUCUUCUCUCUCCUUUAUUUUUGCUGCACAACUUUAUGUAAUGGGUUGAGUUAGUGUGUUUCAACUCUUUUUUUAAAACAGGUGAAAAUUUGUUUUAAAAGUGCAACUAACCCAGAAAAUCAAACAAAUUACAGAAAUUGUUAUCAAAUUUUUUUGUAUAUGAUAAAACUUUAUCUAAUUGGCCAUUUCCAUGUGUAUUAUUUUUGGAUAGUGAUGUUAUUCACUUUAACACACUAUGAAAAGUUUUUUUUUUAAAAAAAAAAAAAAAAAACACGUGCUGCCUUAGGACUAUGAGGAUGGUGUUGGGUAUGACUGUCAGUAAAACACUGAAGAAGGAGGGGGGGGGGGGGGGAAUACCUAAUUCGCAGAAGUGGGGAUGAUUUUAUGAUGCACUAGUUCGUUAUUGUAGAGGAAUUUUCUGCUAACUUCUGUAAAGAGUGACAAGUGACCAGUAAAAUAAACAUCUACUUAACGGCGGUAGUUAUUUGGCCAUACUUUCUAUUUUUUAUUUUAGAUAUUUAUAUAUUGACAUUAAGGAUCAGUUAUGCUUGAUCUGUGGGAACUGCAAUAAAUAUCCUAAUUUGAUCUUGAAGAUUUAGAGAUGCUCCACAAUCCCUUCCAGAUGUUUCUUAUUCUCAUGACACGGUUGCUUUUUCACUCAAAGAACACAAUAGUCAGUCACUAAGAAGCUGUUUCUUCUUUUACUAAGUGAAAAAAAUGCCUUCAUCGAAUGUUUGACCCUCUUAAGCAUGAAAUUUGCUCAUAACAUGAUUCGCUACUUUCUCUUUUCCUAUGUGUCACCAAUGUUUUGAGAAUUUUCUUAUAAAUCGUAAACAGCUGUUUCAUUGUGAAACAAAGCUUAUGCUCCCGGUGCUGACAAGUGAUGUAGGAACUAUUUUUAAAGAGUAGUUAUUUUAUUUGUAAAAAAAUCAAUUAAUUUACUAGGUGUUAUUUUUAGAACUAUGGCCAGGAAAUGUUUGAGACAGACUUCAAGCACCUACAUGAACAAACUAUGUGCUUUUUAAUAAUUUUCCAGGUCUUUGGUGAAGCUUUCCACUUUCACUGUGGUUACUUUUAUGACGCUUAAAUAAUCUUACAAAACACACACACACACACAAUUCAGUCUUCUGUAAAAUUUGUAACUUCAAAACAACAUUGUUGAGUAAAUAAUUAAUGGAUAGGCAGUUUACAUUAAACAAACUUAUGUGUAGCACUUAAAGAACAUGGUUAGACAGCUGGGGUUGAACAGUGGUAAUGUAAUGAGCAGAACCACAAUGCAAUUUUACAGAUCAGCCAUUUUGAUUUAAAUUUUCAAAGAAUUUUGUGAAGUGAGUGAAGAAUUUCUUGUGGAGGAUUAUCUAUUUCUUUUCAUUUCUAACUGGAUGUGAUCAGUUAUUCAGGUUGUAGUAAUCUCACAGUCAGUAAGAUGUUGGGUAUUUGUCCACUUCAUUUAGGAACAAAAAAGAAAAACGAGUGUGGUAAAGAUACUGAAGUCUUUUGCACACACACAACAAAAGAAUUAUUAAAUGUGCUUUGAAACAACCGAUCCAAAUGGCUUGCUUGCUUUUGGUUGUCGUUAUCUUUUUCGAAAGUGAUAUGAUGAAAUGUGUUUGGAUUCAAUGUUGUACUGGAUUUAUACAAAAGGAAAGUUGAUUUUUAUAAUUGUACAUAAAGCUCUGGAUAGUUUUACUUCCAUGCACUCGGUGAUCACAUCAUUCUGUGAUUUCACUUGAGAAAAUAUGAUUUCAUGCUGAAAUUUUCAAGAAUCGUCAGUCGUUAAAAAUUCCUUGAAAUUUUAAUUGGUAUUUUUGACUUAUUCUUUUAACAACAAGGGGUUAAUUAAUUAAACGAGGAGAAUGCUCUGGAAUUUACUAGGCUUAUUCUGUCUUUAAUAUUUUGUUCCAUAGAACGUAACAUACUGAGAAAAUGACCAUAGACACAGGAAAAUUAAUGUAACUGUGUUUUCAGUUACUUGUUUUCAAUUUCAUUGAUGAUGCACAUUUGAAAUACAGUCGUGUUGAGCCUCAGUACCACAAUUCUUACCAUAACAGUUAAUGUAGUUCAGUUUGAUAAGGAUUUUCUGUAUUUAAUAAUGAUUUUUUUGGACCUUUUGUCUUUAUGAGUGUAAACUUAUGCAACAAAAUCUGCUUUCAGUUGAGACUGUUGUCUCUGGAAUAUGGAAGCUGAUCAAUGUACCGUCUGAAUGUUAUGUGGCAGUUUUGCGUUUCUGGACAAUAUUCACAUUGCAUGUUGGAUUAUGAUAUUAAAUUGCUAUCUUUUGGCUAUAUCUGAGUAAAACUGGUAUCAUGUAAUUUGAAAUAUGUAACUCAUACAUGGGAGAGGAUAUUUAUGGCUUUUGGUGUAACGUUUUGUGUCUGUCAAAUUUUUUAUGAAUUUCGUGUACAAAGGAAUAGGCUUUGGAACAAUGCACUAUGAUAUGUUCCUCAUUCAUUCCUAAUUCAUGUGGAUUCAGUGACGAGGAAAAUGAAAGUUGUCAACAUCAGGAACUGAAGCUGAUUGAUGAACAGUGACAUAACAGUUAGUCCUUUAGGUGGUGAUUAAACAUUUCUGUUCUUUUGUAAUCUUUAUUUAUGUUAAACUUAAAGACAAAUGACAUGUAACAUUUCCCAACAGCAUGCCACUUCGCAUAAGAUAUGAGGAAAUUUUUGACCAAAUUCAUGUUAUACAAAACAAGUGACGUCAUCACCUUUAAUGAAAUGUCUAACAUAGGAAGAAAACAAAAUGUGUUAUACAUAUUCUAGAUGGUGUAUUGUAUCAUGAAUAGUAACCAUGAAGAAUAUAUAGCAAACUUAGGGUUUCAUGUUUUCUAAUUUUUCCCGUUUGGUACCACGCAUUAAAAACCAAUAUGUGAAAUACCAGAGCCGUGAAAUACUGGUGAAAUUGCAGUGGGAAAAUAUCUUUCUUUCCAUUGUAUGUCCUCCCUGUUUGUCGAUUUUAUCUAAUGACAUAGAGGUUGUGUAGAAGAAAUACUAAUUAUUAGUGGUUUUUGUGUAGUGUUGUGCAUUAUAUUAUGAAUAAUGCUUAAGUUUGUGAGAGAUAAAAAGAAAAGUGAUGCUCUUCCUAUCUAAAUUCUUGAACUGUGACUAGAUCUGCAGGGGAGGGGAAAUAAAGUAGUCAAUCACACCCUAGUAAUUGUACCCUAAGAAAACAUAUGAAGUGGAAAAUUUUGUGGUAGGAUUAAUUCAGCGUAAAAAGCAGGAUUUAAUUUUGAGACUGUUACUGUUUAUAAUAAUUACAUUAAUUUUUCCAUUCAGAUUGUAAAGAUUUUAGUUGAUCUUUGAGAUGAACUCUUUUAUGAGAACUGAUACUGGUAUGAUCCAGCUGGUUAUCAUUUACAUGAAGGUGCUUAGGACCUGGGAGCACGAUGGUUUGCUGAUUGGUUAGAGCACUAUGGUAUCGUUAUGAACAUUGAAAGAGACAAGAAGUGUGAUUUUGAAUCUGUUUUGUAGCAAAUAAAUCCUUCAAAAAAGAAAAAUAAAGUAAAAUACAAACAUUACUCUGCCACAAUUACAUUAAUUAUGUGGAAAAAAUAAUUCCUGUCCUUCCGUUUGUCCAACUUUGGUCACUGAUGUAAAAUGUGUGUAUAUUAGGAACAUAUUGUUAAUUGUAAUCCCGAAAGUUAUACAAUUAUUUGAAUUUAUUUAAAAGGUUCCGCUGUUGUGGAACUGCUGAUACGCUGUUGUGGUUUGCUCCAAAAAUUUUGUGGGCUCUAUGAGUGUCUUGGAUUAUAUCUGCAUAACUUUGUAUGACCACAGGGCCAUAGGCACCAUUAUUGUGUAAGUGGACAUUUCCUCUUCCCUUGUACAUAAAAGUUUUCAGUGUGCAAUUCUGAAACAGAUUUCUGGUAUUGUGUGGGUCAGAUUUCUUAUUUACAAGGUAAUUAAAAUUUAACUACCAGAAAAUGAGUUUUGUGGAGUAUUCAGCUGCAAUGGAGAAACUUGUAUGACUCAAAACAUACUGUGUGAACAGUUGUACCUAUUGAUUGAAGGUGAAAGUUUGGACAUAAAAAAUGAUACAAUAUUCAAUAAAUAUCUGUGUGUAUCAACUGAAGUGAAGCUCUCUGAUGUAAUGUUUGGAAUUGUUAGUUUCCAAGCUGAGUUGUUUUUGUAUUGGUUGUAAAGAGCAACAAAAAGCGAUCAGAAUAUAGUUUGCACUACUCACUCUCAGUUACGCAUUAAAAUUGAUUAAUGUCUGGUUUUUGGAUUGCAAGCAUCCAUUAUGAAGCUUCAAAGAGAGAUGAAAUCACCAUUUUGUAGCUAUUUCAAAUGUUAUAAUGGAUGUUUGCCAACCAAUACCAGUUUUUAGUCAAUUUGAAUGAGCACGUGAUGCUGAGUACUACAUUCUAUUGCCAUGCAUUGUUUUAACUGGACUAUGAGUUAAAAUGAUUUAACUUACUUUGUUUCCUGACUAGCAUAGUUUUGCCUGUGUUUUUCCACAGACCAGCUGGCCUCCAGCUCAUUGACAUUAACACAAUUGUGAACUCUACUAUUAGACAAAACAUGAUAUUUAUGAAAUACUUCAAACUCUCUAGUGUACCAACUUUUUGAUAUAAGGCAAAUAUUUGCCUAUCAGUGCAAAGUGGGAAGAAUCUACAAAUGUGAUCUGUAGAAGCUUUGUCUCCAUUCAAUGGCAGUGUCGUGUAUUCCAUUACAGCUAUUCAGAUGAGGAAACUUGUUAGUUAUAAUCUUACGUUGAUAGAUAAUCUGAAUAGGUUCAUAUACUGGCAUUAAUGGAAUUGAUCAUAUAUAUAUAUACACAAUGUGCAGAGUUCCCUAUUGGAUUUUUCAUGUUACUAUCACUGUUACAAAUUGCCCAAAUUUAUAGAAAAUUUGACAAGUUUAUACAUAUAGGCCCAACAACUGGAGUUUAUUAUAGUGCACUAUGUGGGGUCUAGAACAAGCGUUUUCAUAUGUUACAUUGAAAACAUUAUUUUUUUAUGGCCAACUGUGUGGCAUUCCUGUAUACAUAUUGCAGUUGAAUUUUAUGUACAGAAACUUAAGUCGAUAACAUGAGAAUGUUUCCCUGCAUACAUAAAUAUGUGGAAGUACAUUAAUUUCAUAUCGUUCAAGAAAUUAAAUUUUCUUGUUACUGAAUUUCAGACUUGUAAAUUGUUUGUUGUCCCACCCCAUUUCAUCUCUCCUCUUUUUCACCCUCCCUAUCUUCUUCUGUAACAUUCACUUCCUCUUCCAUUAUCCCUUCUGCUCUCUUCCUGUAUCCCUUUCUUCUCCACUUCUUCCUCUCAAUUCUUCCUUCUCUGUAACUUUAUCCCCCCCUCUCAUUGCUUCUCCCUCUCCACUUCUUCACCCCCCCCCCUCCCCCUGAUCUCCAUCCCACACACUCCGACACUUCCUCUGUUACAACAUCCUGCUCUCCUGCCCAGCCUCCUUGCUAUAGAUGCUAUUCUCUCUCCCGUCCUUCCUCCCUCCCCGUCUCCCCCCUUUCCACCCUCCAUCCCCUCUCCUCUCCUGUAAUAGUGUGUACUUUGAACUAUUUUUCUCUUUGUCUGCAUUUUCUCAGCAGUCAUUGUUACAUUACCUGACAUUGACAUUGAUAUAUGCAUCAUCCAUUCUCCAGUGCAUAGUCUCAGUCCCUUUAAUGUAAGGUAUAUUCAGAACAUACUUAACUAACAUUUCUAUUUCAUGCACACAUUGCCUAAAAAUAUUUUUUGUAAACUUGAGGAGAACCUCAGUGUAUUGUCUACUUUUUGUUUUGAUAUUUAUGUAAUGUUAUUCCUAGAAUUUCAAGAUAAAUGCUCUGUGAUGUAAAAUUAUGGCAGUAUGCCUUGUGUUCAAAAUUAGUUCUUUGAUAAGCAUUUUGACAAAAUUGGUUACGCUUUUAACAUAUGAACUUAUGCCAAGUGAUUACUGGAAAAUUUGUAAUGGUUCUUUUACGGAGCCAGGGUUGUUUACCUUACAGGUAUUCUGUUAAUACUGAUUCUUAGAUUCCUGCUAUUUUCUCUAGGUUCUUGAUAGAGACACUACUUUCCUCAUGACCCAACUUAUAUUUUUGUCAGCCUUCUACAAAAGUAAACUUGUGAUUCAAGCUUGCUGUAGAGAACCAUGUUUCAGUAAGAGUGUAACAGAUGUUAAAUUUGAUCUUCAAGAUUAUUUAUACAUUGUGACAAAAUUGCUAUCUUUGCACAAAAUGAGGAACGUGGGAAACAAAACUUCCAUUUUACAAAUAUUUGAUUCAUUGCACAUAUAUUCUUCAUUGGUAGGUCACUGUUAUUACCAAUAUUAACUUCAUUUAUCUUGUUACUCAUGUAUAGGAAUUUCUGCUUGAAAUAUGCACGGUAGGAACAAUGUUUUGUCAUAUAUGUACAGUGUUAUGAAAGUUCAUAAGAAAUACUAACACAGUUUAUUUUUAUAUUAGUUCUUUUUUAUGUGGCUCUGAAAUGCUUAGAGACAACUUCAUGGUGGAAUAUGAAUGCUGCUAAUUAAUACACAUUAAAUGACAUAAGCAAUAAUUAUAGAUUGCAAAAAAUGUAAAAAAUUCAGUAUAUUUGUGAUAUGUGGAUGUUAUUUCUGUUACAACUGCACAUACUGACUGUUCUCUACCUCUGUGUUGCCAUUUGAGAUGUGCUCCUCUUAUUCCUUAUUUCAUUUUACUGCAACUCUGGUGCUGUAUGUUGUAAUACUUAAAUUUUAUCUAGUCAGACAAGAAGGAACAAGGGAACAUACCACAUCUUGGUGUCAUCUUGGUAGAUUUGUGAGAGUAAUGUGACAAAACUGUCCCAGGUUUUUUUAGGAUGACUCAUGCCACUAAUAUUUGCAAAGAAAAUGCAAUUUUUUAUUGGCAGUUUCAUCUUCAAUACUACAAGACUUAAAACUUGAGAAAGCUUUGUAAUAUAGCUAUACUGUCAAAACACCCAUUUACACUUCAUGUAAGUAAUUGUUCAAACAAUAUAGGGCACAUGAUGAACUCCUCUCUAUUCCUUAUUCAACUGUGGUUUGAUUUCUUUGAUGAAAACAAAGUGUUAUAUUUGAAGUAAUGUUUGAAACAAAGCAGUAAUUUGUACUGCUUAAGUACUUAAAAUUUGUGAACUGAUUUUGAUGUUGCGCUUUCAAUAUUAUGAUGUUUAGAUUUGUUGUUCAAAAAUGACAGUGCAAAGCAUUGGAAAAAAUUUUAUGUACAAAUUUUCAGAAUACAAUUGAGAUUAUUUUUAAUACAGCUAUUUUAAUAGUGUACAAAUGAAAACAGAAAUACUUGACUAUGUAUGUAAAUACUAAAUAAAUAUUGCAAAAUGAGAUGAGUGUAUUUGAAGUGAAAUGCAUUGUGUAUAUGUAAUGAAUAUAACUGUUUUAUCAUCUAAUUCAUUGCUGUUGCUAUCUGUCCCAGUUUUCUUUGUGAGUGUUAAAUACAUAUUGAAAUUUUAA